CUCCUCCUCCCUGCAGUCGUGUCGGACCUGACGUUGCGAGUGUCCCAGGACUCCAGUUACCUCCACACGUUGGGGGCCCUCGGCUCUCCCUCCGCCCCGCUCCCCGUCCUCCUCUUCCCCCUGUGCUGCCGGGUGUGCGGCCUCACCCUGGAGGAGGCGGACCUGGACGGGGACAAGGCAGACGGCGAGGGGGACGGCGAAGGAGGACAGGUGUGCCGUCGUUGCUCGUUGGACCCUCUGUCUAAAGAUGGAUCCGCCCCCUGCGGCCCCGCCGUGUCUCGGGAAUCCCGCCGAGGUCAACGAGGCACCAAGCUGUACCGCUGCCCUCACUGCCCCUUCCUGUCCCACUACCCCAACCACUUGGCCCGCCACGCCCACACCCACUCGGAGGAGAAACCCCACCGCUGCCCCCACUGCACCUACACCUCCUCGCACCUCGACAACCUGAAGCGCCACAUGCGCGUGCACACGGGCGAGAAGCCUUACCAGUGCCCAUCAUGCAACUACGCCUGCGGGAACCUGGCCAACCUGCGGCGGCACGAGCGCAUCCACUCGGGCGCCAAGCCCUUCCACUGCGGCGUCUGCGGCUACUCCUGCAACCAGAGCAUGAACCUGAAGAGGCACAUGCUGCGGCACACGGGCGAGAAGCCGUACGCCUGCGCAGAGUGCAACUACACCACGGGUCACUGGGACAACUACAAACGCCACCAGAGGAAACACGGGCACAACACGGACAGCUGGGACAAGCACGCGCCCACCAACGGCCUCAGCUGGGGCGGAGACGCUCCGGAGGGCGAGAGUCAGGGACAGGAACACAGUGAGAGAUGAGUGAGUGAGUGAGUGAGUGAAAACACUGGUGAACCUCCAGCUCAGGUUGGAGUUAGACUCAGGUGCCUUUGACAGACUGAUGCUGCACUGACUUUAUACAGGGGCAUUAACGUGCACGUGUGAGAGAGUGUGUGUGUGUGUGUGUGUGUUUGUAGUGCACUCACACACACGAUGCAGAUUUCAAACUCCAGGUUUGAAACUUUUCUUCAUUUCACAGAAUCAACGAGAACUGAAAAGUUUAUUUUUGUGUCCUGCAGAUGAAAUAUAUUUUGUUACUGUGGAUUUGUGGUGUCGGUGGAUCUUCGCCCUCUGAGCAGCUGCGAGUGGAUUUGAUUUCUGAUCUUUUUCUGUUUUCUUGUCGUGUUUUUAAUUGGACUCUUCUUCUGUGUUCACGGGACAGAUUCGUUAUUUCAGAGAAACGAACACAGAGAUUGAACAUGAGCCGAGUGACGGAAAUCAGAAUCAGCUCGGCCUCAUCACAAACAUCUCGUCCUGGAAACUGAAUUAAUCAAACUUAGAAAAAUUCAACAUUAAAAUCUAUAUAUUUGACGAACGCUCUGUUUUUUUUCUUUUGUUCUUGAUGAGAUUGAUUUUGGCACUUUUGGGUGAAACUUCAGAAAAAUAAAUAAGGAACAACUCUGA